AUGAAGAGUAUCUUAUUCAUAACACUAUUAUUCAUCACAUUUGCAGCAGAUCCAGAAUAAUGUUUAAAAGAAAAAUGUCCAAAUGAAUAUGCAGCUUGUCAAAAAGAAGUCUUUGGUUGUGCAUCUGCUGCCAUGAAAUGUAAGAACUAAUGUGGAGGAGAUGAUGCUGAAUGUAUGUUAAAUUGUGAUUUAGCUUCUAAAAAUGCAAAACUUAUAGCAUUGUAUAUAAUAAUCUAUUUUUAGAGCUGAAUGUGGACAUGCAAAUUGCUAAGAUGUAGCAUUCACAUAUUGUGAUAUCUAAAUUUGUGUACAAUCAUUCCAAUCAGAAUGCAUGACAUCAUAAGGAUUAAAGGCAUAUUAAUGUGCUGCUACUUUCCUUUAAAGACAUUCUGAAUGUUAAUGCAUAACUGAAUUUUGA